CGGCCAAGCCGAGGUUUUCAAAAACUCCGGCUUCCCUCAUUUAUGCCCAAAGUUGGCCAGUUCCCUCCUCAAAUUCGUGUUUUCAACAUUCGCCCGUAAAAUCUAGCAGCAACAGCGUCAAUAAUUCUCCGUGGAUUUGCAAGCCAAAGCAAAACAUAACGAGGCCUAAAAAAUUCGCAGUCAAGGCUCAUUCCUGGGCAAGUUGUAUGUUGAGCAAUAACUAUCCUGGAUGGACUGAAAAUGAUGAAUAUUUUACACUUGAUAUGGCCAAGGAAUUUAAAUUAACAUUGCAAAUGUUUAAAGAGCUCACAAAGCAGGUAGAAGAGGUGGAUGAACAGCUCAAUUCUGGUAAAAAAGCUUACUCAUUCAAGCAUUACUAUAGGAAUAGGGACAAAGGAAGAUUAAGAACUUACACACCUGAGAUUCCAAUGACAAAUGAAGACUAUCAACCAUGUAAUAAUCUUGGCAUUAAGAGCGAGCAAUGGCAACCAGGAAUUAGAAAAUCCAGAAAAACAGAAAAACCUUCUAAAUCAAAGUUAGAAAAUCGGCCUCGUACAUCAUCAAGUAACCUUAAAAAAACAAACCACAACAGUUGGAAAGUGCAAUCAUCAUUUCAUGAUGAAAAUGAAGGCACCAAUCAGAUUCUGGAAUCUAGAAGUGAAGAUCUCCAAACAAACUUGCCAGUCCCAUGUGGUUUGAAUUUGCAUUAUAGUGAUGAUGACAAUUUUUGGUCUGGUUGUCUUGGGUUCAGUGAUGAAGAUAACCACAUUGGCUUGGGAUAUAUCGAUCCAGUUCCUGGUGCCUGGGAAGAGAUGAAAUUGGAAGAGCUGGAAACAGAAUAUUGCUCUGAAGAGGAAGAAAGUGAUCCUUUCAUGUUACGGCUCUUGCGAAUCCGUCGUUCAGAAGUGGAAACUGUCGAGCAGGAAAAAAGAAGUGAUGGUACCAGUAAUCCUAACUUGGUUCCAUGUGUAGAAAGUGGAAUAAAUAAGAUUGUCAUCUACCAACAAAGGCAAGAAGUCAACCACUGCUAAAAGAACAAAUUCAAAAACCAAUGGGGCUGUUGAAAAUUUGGAGAAAAACUCACAAAGGGUCUUGAAAAAAUCUGACAAUCAUGACAAGAAGAAGGAUAUGAAAAUUUUAGGUACAGAUAAAAUAGAUUUUUGUAAAGACAUUGAAAAGGAUAGAAAGCAACCACAGAAACAACAUGGUGAAAGAAAAAAGGAAUGCAAGUCAGCCAGAGGAAAAAGACGUGUUCAAAGUUGCAAGGCAAGACCCAUGAGCUAUUCAUCGUCAAUUACUUAUGAUAUUCUAGAGCUCGCCACAACCUUUGACCCACCAUGCAAAGAACGCAUAAAGUUGAACCACAGGCCAGUUACAGCAAAGUCAGCAAGGUCUAAGGGCAUGAUACCUGGUAAAACCUGGACUUCCCAGAGAAAAUUCUCUCUAACUGCUGGUCAGAGUCUACAGAGUUUGCCAUCUGAUGGUGGUGAUACAGUUAUAAAUAAAUCCAGAAACUCCAGUGCUAAGGGAUCUAGUAAGACUAAGAGAAAAAGUAAACGAUGUAGCAGUUCAAAAGUUUAAAUUUUUAUAUUUGUUAUAUGAUUACAAAAAUUUUGGGAUUUUCUAACAAAAUUAAGUUAUCAGUUGUUUGGUAUUUUGACUGGCAUUUUUUUGACUCCAUUCAUAAAAGCCCCUUGACAUGUUGACCAAAAAGCCUUAAGGGUCAAAAUGAAUGUUUUUUUAAUAGUUCUGGGAUGAUUUAGUUCAUUUAGGAAAUCUGUUGUCCACCAUACAAGUUUCUUGC